AUGACGGAUCACCACGUUGGAAAACAGGCCCAGCACCGCGUGGCUGAGAAGGAAUACCAGCAAACUGGCCUGAGGCUAGCGGAUCGGCUUGCCACACAUGAUUUGGACGACAAAGAUCUUGACCGAGUCAUUAAAAAAGCUGAAGCCAUGGUUUUAGGGGCUGGUGCGGCCAUGGGGGAUGCAGGCCUGACCCUGGACAUGUUCCGCGAUGAAAGGAACGCCAUCGUCAGGGAGCAGGAAAUUAAUUUCUAUCGGGAAGAAGCUCUCCGCAUGCACCUCCGCGACAUUUUCUCAGAGGGCCAUCCCACAUACCUUCAAGACUUGGAAAACGGGUCUUCAGAGUGUGGGGAUGCCCUUUCUCUUCGCCGCAAGCAUAUGGUCACGAAGAAGGACGAAAUUAUGUCACUAGUGAACGAGGCAGAGAAGAAUGCGAACAACGCUGGAAGCUGUCACUCAGCCUGCCUCGCAAUAAAGAAGCGUAGGAUCCUACAGAUGAUGCCUGUGCCGGCACAGCAGGAAGGUGAUGGAGCAUGCCCUCAGGCUGAACAGAGCCUCGCCGUUGGCAGUGACGACUGGGUUCAGCAAGACCAAGAGUGUUUUGAACUCUUUUUCCAACUGCUCAAAACUGAGUAG